AUGACAGGCCUUUCGGCGAUCGCCGCAGCCCUGAUCCUGGCUGCGAUCGCUGAGAGGGGCGGGUCGGUGGAGGCGCUGAAGUCUGCGCCAAAGGUGGCUGCCUCGGCGGUCAAGAAAGCGGCGUCCAGGGCCAAAUCUGCCUCCAAGGCCGGCAGUAAGGCGGCCAAGGAGGCCGCUAGCUCGGCCGUGUCGGACACCAAGCAGGCGGUCAAGGAGGUGACAAAGUCCACGUCACCCUUCAGCCUGAAGAAUAUCCGUUCUCGCCUCUUCGACCAGAAGCAGGCUGGCGACGUGCCGGAGCCUGACCCGGUGUCCAGCCCCUCCCUGCUGGGAUCUGUCCCAGAGAAGGAUGCCCCUAAGACGGAGAAGCCCCGGUCCGGGGGUCUGCUGGGGAUUGGAGGGGAUGCUGUCGCCUUUGCCUCCCUCCAGCCCUCUCUGUUUGGGGUACUGCGUCUCUCAUUCACCUAUUACAUUCUACUGGCCCAGCCGAGUCCCUUGCUCGGUCUGCUGGACUUUUAUGUCUCCACCCCCCUGGCAAGACUGACGCAGCAGCGCUUCACAGAAGAUGACUUCACACUUCGAGAUCGGCUGGGUGGUGGCAACUAUGGGCAAGUGUACGAGGGGCUGCUCUCCGCCAACAAGGUCCCAGACCUGUACUCCUCUGCGCUCAGCCUGGAGCAGGAGAAGCGGCGGGUGGUGCUGAAGAAGGCCAACCUCGACAACUCGGGCAUCCGCACCAACUUCCUGAAAGCAGCGCUGGUCUGCACGGCACCAUGGCCCGGGGGGCAGGCGAGACCGGGCGAGGUGGAGAGCUACAUGAAUCUCCGCAUCUCGCGCCACCCAACGGUGGCGCGCCGCGUCGCGCGCUACCUGGGCCAGUUCGAGGUGGCCGGGGCCAGCGGCGCAUUCACCCGGGGGACGCAGUGGCUGGUGUGGCGCUUUGAGUCGGACGCCACCCUGGCAGAUGCCAUGGCCGGCCUCCUGGAUGGCGGGAUGGAGACCAGUCUGGGCCGCAUCAUGCUGGGGCCACGCUCAGACUCCAUGCCGGACCAGAAGCGCCAUCUGGCACUGACCAAGGCCGUCAUGCGGAAGCUGCUAAAAGCGCUGCAACGGCUGCACUCUCUGGGUAUCGUGCAUCGAGACGUGAAGCCGGACAACGUCCUUGUGACCAGCAAGGGAGACAUCAAGAUCAUCGAUUUUGGGGCGGCGUGCGACCUGAGCACUGGAGUGAACUUCAACCCCCUCUACGGCAUGCUGGACCCUCGAUACGCUGCACCUGAGCAGCUGGUUCUGCCAAAGGCCGUCCCAAGGGUGCCAGCACCCUUUAUUGCUGUGCUCCUGGCCCCAUUCCUGUGGAGGCUGGGAAGGCCAGACCUCUUUGACUCGUACGCUGCCGGCAUCAUCCUCCUCCAGAUGUCGAUCCCUCAGCUGCGCUCCGCAGGCUCCCUCAAGGCCUUCAACAAGGAACUCGCAGCCGCCGAUUACGACCUUGAUUUGUGGAGGAGGCGGUCCAUGCGAGUACAGGCAUGUGACUUUGAGGUGCUGGACGCAAAUAACCAAGCAGGCUGGGAUCUGGCAUGCAAGUUGGUGUGCAAGCGCAAUGCCGUAUAUCGUGGAAGGCUGUCCCCUGGAGAGGCAUUGCGUCACAGGUUCCUGCUGCUCUCUUGA